CGCAGACAGAGGAAUAAAUUAAGAAGAAUGAGGAGUUGGGAUACUAAUUGGAGAUCUUGCUCGUUAAUAACGAGGGGGGAGCAUGUCUAUUUCAUACUCAUGCUCAUCAUAAUCCUAUACUUCAUUAUUGAAAACAAAAGUAAACGGAGAGAAAAUAACAUAAAUUAUAAUUAUAAUUGCGUAUCCCGCUUUCUUGUUUUUUAACGAUCGAGAGCGAACGCAGUUCUUUCUGGCCUUGCCUAAAAUAACGUUUAUUCUGGCUGGCCCUGCCCUUCCUAUUCCACCAUCGCUCUGAGAACAAACCAAGCAAAGAAUACACCAACCGAAUUCAAAGGAUUCCUUUUGUUUUUGCCUUUAUUCUCACUCCUUCCCUUCCUUCAUCCGUUGAUUUUUGCCCACUUUACUCGGUCGGCUCUGUUAUCCAUCCAACACAGGAGCAAUCACUGAGUCUUCGUAAAGUAUUGUUUAUCUUUGCAGGGAAGGUAAGGAUGAUUAGAGGAUCAUGAGCUGCUUUGGCUGUUGCAAAAAAGGUGACGAUCACCAGGCUCCUGAUAAUGGGCCCUUCGUCCCAAAGCCAACCUAUCCCGCUGGGGUCAGUGGUUAUACUGGUAGACAAUUUUCAACGACCACUCCACACACCGUUAAUGUUCAACCCAUUGCGGUCCCUUCCAUUUCAGUUGAUGAAAUGAAGUCCCUGACUGAUAAUUUUGGCGCAAAAUCUUACAUUGGUGAGGGGGCAUACGGUAAGGUAUACCACGGUGUAUUGAAAAAUGGGCGUCACGUGGCGAUUAAGAGGUUAGAUUCCAGCAGGCAACCAGAGAGCGAAUUCCUUGCUCAGGUCUCAAUCGUAUCAAGGCUAAAGCACGAAAAUGUUGUUGAGCUUCUUGGUUAUUGUGCCGAUGGUGCUUUCCGAGCCCUGGCCUUUGAGUAUGCUCCUAAAGGAACUCUUCAUGAUAUUCUACAUGGACGCAAAGGCGUGAGGGAUGCACAACCAGGUCCAACACUGUCAUGGGCACAAAGAGUUAAAAUUGCAGUGGGGGCAGCUAGAGGACUUGAAUAUCUACAUGAAAAAGCAGAGACCAACAUCAUCCAUCGUUACAUCAAGUCUUGCAACAUACUACUUUUCGAAGAUGAUGUUGCAAAGAUUGCUGAUUUUGAUUUGUCAAAUCAAGCCCCUGAUGCUGCUGCUCGUCUCCAUUCUACUCGUGUUCUUGGAACCUUCGGUUACUAUGCUCCAGAAUAUGCCAUGACGGGUCAGCUCACUUCGAGAAGCGACGUCUACAGUUUUGGGGUUAUACUUCUAGAACUCUUAACCGGACGCAAACCUGUUGAUCAUACACUGCCGCGAGGGCAGCAGAGCCUUGUCACCUGGGCAACGCCACAACUGAGUGAAGACAAAGUGAAGCAGUGCGUGGAUGUGAAAUUAAAGGGAGAAUACCCUCCAAAGGCAGUUGCAAAGAUGGCUGCUGUUGCUGCACUGUGUGUGCAAUAUGAAGCUGAGUUUCGGCCAAAUAUGAGCAUUGUAGUGAAAGCUCUACAGCCUCUUCUUAAUCCUCGGUCUUCCGUUCACACAAAGCGGCCUCCCAACUUUUAAAUUCCCAAAUUCUUUUGAUCUAUCAUGCAACGAAUUGCCUUGUAACUAGUGCCACUAAAUAUUGACGGUGGCGUUCAGCUCCAUUGGCCCCAAAGUACUGUAUUCCUGAAGCAUUCUGUAGAUUGUGCUAUUCUAGGUAGGAGGUGGGAAAGAUGCAAUCAUAGUUAAGCUACUGGUUUUAAAUGCUUAAUAAAACUUUGUUAUUGUCUGCUAGUUCCUCUGACGAAUAUUUAAGCUAAUUUUUCAUACUUUUAGGCAAAAUCAUCCGAGGGUUUAACCCGUACGUUUUAAUAUCACCUCCUUUUUUUUUUUCCCGCUUUUGGAGCUGUAAAAUUGUUUUAGGAGAGAUGCUGAAGUGCUUGCGUGAAUGUUGUUGAA